UUGUUUAACUAAAAUAUUCUUUCUUAUCAGAAUGCAAUAAGAUGAGUUGGGAUUAGCUUUGCACAUUCAGUUGUGGGAAAUAGAAACUGCAGUUCGGUUGCAAGGCGAGUUUUGCGGCGGAUAAAAUAUUUUUUGCUAAAACAUAAAAAGUAUUUGGAACUUCAGUUUAAGUGCAGAGCAGAUAUUUUCGAAUUAUAUAAAGUUUCAAUAAAUAUGUGUACCAUGAGUGUGUCUUGAAACUGGCGAAAAAAUUAACACUGUUUUCGUUCGUCAGAAAAAAAAAAUAUUUAUAACUAACAAAAAUCCUCGACAAAACAAAAAAAAAAAAAUUUUACAUAUAUUUUUUUACAUCUUAUGCAAGCGAGUUUCAUUCACAAUGAAAAUGCUACCGAAAUCUAAUCGAAUUACUAUAGCGUUAAUUAUUUUAUUCGCCUAUUCGUGUUAUGGCGAAGAGCAACUUGAAGAAAAUGAUCCAUGUCAAGCCAAGCACUAUAAAGGAAUAUGCCAGAUAAAUAGAAAUUGUCCACAUUUAGAGGAUACAAUGGAUGCGAUGGGUCUUAAGGCAAAUUCAGUGAAGCGUUGUGGCUUCACGGUCCAUGAAGAGCUCAUUUGCUGUCCUGAUUUAAUGAAAACGACAACCACUAAACCUACGGAAUUCACCACAAUAUCAUCAAAAACUAUACGCGACUCGCUAAAAGGCCUUUCGCCCGAGGAAAGUAAAAAAAGAAUUAAAGAGUUAAUGAGAGAAGCAAUGAGUGGAUUAGAUGCAAGGCCACCCAGAGGAAAUUCUGUAUCUUCACGUAUUGCAGUUCAUCCAGCUAAUCAAGCAUGCUUUGAAAUCGAAAAAGAAUUAAUGCCCAGUAUUCAACCACAUGUGUUAAACGGAACAGCAGCCAAUUUUGGAGAGUACCCGCAUAUGGCCAGAAUUAUGUACGAUAAUGUCAAAUUGAGAUGUGGUGGCGUCUUAAUUGAUAAACGUUUUGUGCUCACUGCUGCGCAUUGCGUAGACGGCAAGGAAGGCAAGGCUAUAAAAGUUGUUUUGGGCGUAACUGACUUUAAUGAUCCAACACAGGCAGAAACUCGACAGGAUAUUAAUAUCAAAAAAAUCCAUUUGCCGCAAAACUACACUGCUUUAAGAUUUUACGAUGAUAUUGCUGUAAUUGAACUGGACGGAGUUGCCGUGUUUAAUCAACACGUUUAUCCGACUUGUCUACACACGGAUGAAGGUGAACUACCUUAUGAUAUUGAUCUAGUUGUGACUGGUUGGGGGCUAACUGAAUCUAAAAAACCUUCCGAUAUUUUAUUAGCGGCCAAUUUGACAUACCUACCCGUUCCAUUAUGUGAUCAAAGUUACGCUAACCUCAAUGAAUUGCGUCUAAAUCGUGGCAUCAUUGAUACACAGCUAUGUGCGUUUUCUCUAUAUCAUGAUGCUUGCCCUGGUGACUCUGGCGGUCCGUUACAUAUUGUUAAAGAUAAACACUUUAAUAACUACAGAGUAGUGGGUAUAGUUUCAUUCGGUCCUGAAUGUGGUUCUGACUUACCUGGCGUAUAUACUAGAGUUUCAGACUAUUUAGAUUUUAUCGAAGCCGUUGUAUGGCCAGAUGAAAAUGAUCCAUGUCAAGCCAAGCACUAUAAAGGAAUAUGCCAGACAAAUAGAAAUUGUCCACAUUUAGAGGAUACAAUGAAUGCGAUGGGUCUUAAGGCAGAUUCAGUGGCGCAUUGUGGCUUUACGGUCCAAGAAGAGAUCAUUUGCUGUCCUGAUAGAAUGGAAACAAAAACCGCUAAACCUACAGGUCUUUCGCUUGGGGAAAGAAUUAAAGAGUUAAUGAGAGAAGCAAUGAGUGGAUCAGAUGUAAAGCCACCAAAGAGAAAUUCCGUAUCUUCACGUUUUUCCAAUCGCCCAGCUUAUCAAGCAUGCAUUGAAAUCGAAAAACAUUUAAUGCCCAGUAUCCAACGACAUAUACUAAACGGAAAGACAACCAAUUUUGGAGAGUACCCGCAUAUGGCCAGAAUUAUGUACGAUAAUGUCAAAUUGAGAUGUGGUGGCGUCUUAAUUGAUAAACGUUUUGUGCUCACUGCUGCGCAUUGCGUAGACGGCAAGGAAGGCAAGGCUAUAAAAGUUGUUUUGGGCGUAACUGACUUUAAUGAUCCAACACAGGCAGAAACUCGACAGGAUAUUAAUAUCAAAAAAAUCCAUUUGCCGCAAAACUACACUAAUUCAAGAUUUUACGAUGAUAUUGCGCUAAUUGAACUGGACGGAGAUGCCGUAUUUAACCAAAAUGUGCGUCCGACUUGUCUACACACGGAUGAAGGUGAACUACUUAAUGGUGUUGAUCUAGUUGUGACUGGUUGGGGGCUAACUGAAUACAAAAACACUUCCGAUAUUUUAUUAGCUGCCAAUUUGACAUAUAUACCCGUUCCAUUUUGUGAUAGAGUGUACGCUAACCUCAAUUAUUGGCGUCUAAAUCGUGGCAUCGUUGAUACACAGCUAUGUGCGUAUUCACCAGGUAUAGAUGCUUGUCGCGGCGACUCUGGCGGUCCGUUACAAAUUGUUAGAGAUAAAAGCAUAAAUAAUUACAGAGUAGUGGGUGUAGUUUCAAUCGGUCCUGAAUGUGGUGACCCGCUACCUGGCGUAUAUACUAGAGUGUCAAAAUAUUUAGAUUUUAUCGAAGCUGUUAUAUGGCCAGUUGGCUGAGUUGUGUUUUGUGCAAGAUAAUUUGUAUUUCUAUAAAUGCAUG